CAUCCCGACAUUUCAUUCUCUACCUCCUGAUCGCACACCUCAAGCCCACACCCGAACCUCCCUUCUUCCUCCUCCAACCACAUUCCACCAAGGUUGGCGGUCGCCGCCCUCAUCACAGUCGGCCUUCACAACAUCCCAUCUCACCUUACCCUCUCUCGAUCGGGAGAAGCUCCUACCGCCGACAGCCCUUCUUCAUCUCCUCUACCUCUCCCAAUUGAAAAAGGAGGAGCCAUCUCGUCCUCUCCAAUACUCAUCCCCGGCGCCACCACCACAUCCUUCCUCACCGGCGGCCACCAUUCUAUCUUCUUCCUCACCCAAUCGGGAGAGGAGGCACUGACCAUCUCCACCUUCUUCCUCUCCCGAUUGGGAGCAGAAGCGCCACCUUGGGAACUCUCCAAUCCGAGGCUCUUCCAUUCAUCCAUCCUCAUCCACAGCUCUCUAUUCAAUUGGGAGAGAUUUUGACAGUCCACCUUCAUCCACCGACAAGUUUACAUCAGUGAGCUUCAGGAUUCCAAGCUCUUCUGCACUAUACACCCUUCCGAAUCCGUAGGUGGUAGCAUGAUUCAUUUCCGCUGCUCGUCACACGCCAUCCAUUCCGCUCGAGGAGUUAUAGGUUUUACUGUGACUGAAGAAGAGACUACAUCUUCAAUGUUAAUUUUGUUACUAUGAUCCAAUUGCAGGUAAGUAGAGGUAUGCAUUAUACAGGGUGCAUGAUGAAUCUGCCAUGCAUAUAUAUUUUUACUUUAAAUAAAAAAUUUUGCAACAUGAUGAACCUGCCAUAUAGGUCGCAUUAAGUAUGAUAAGGGGUGAAUGCAUUAUUGGUUAUUAAAAUUUUUGUAAGUUGCAUUUUUUUUUUUUGUAUUUAUGACAAGGGGUAAGCAUUUUUUAUUUAUUUAUGUGAUGCAGGAUAUAAGUAGAGGGAAAGAUAUUGGUUUCAGUAAAGGAAGAUCAAGGGGGUGAGGAUACGGAGAUGAUACUCUCUUAUAAUACAAUGCGGCGGGGAGGCGAGCUUUCGCUCUCCGAUGGCUGGGAGAAUGGCGCGGGGGAAGGCGGAAGGGGUCGUCGCGAUUUGGGUCGUUUUGGUUUGCAUCUGGACUUGCGAUCCGAAUCCGAGCUUCGCUUUUGGCGCUACCGAUCCCAACGACGCUUCUGCUCUCUAUGUUCUGUUCGGGAGUUUGAAUUCAGCACCACAGCUAUCAUGCUGGAAGCAAAGUGGUGAUCCAUGCGGGGAAUCAUGGCAGGGAAUUACAUGCUCUGGCUCAUCAGUGACAGCUAUAAAAUUGUCAAGUUUGGGUCUAUCUGGAACACUGGGCUAUAAUAUGAACCAAAUGGCUUCGCUGGAGGAGCUGGAUAUGAACCAAAAUAAUCUAGGAAAUGGUAAUUUGAUACCUUAUAACCUCCCGCCAAACCUUCUUAGAUUAGAUCUUAGCAAUAAUUAAUUUGGUGGAAGCAUACCCUAUUCAGAAUGUAUGACUUACUCCUUAGCAUCAUAUGGAGUGUGUGGAAACAUUUGCAUUAGAUUGUACCUUUUAGAAUUAAUGCUGCUUGAUCACUGGGAAAAAUAAUGUUUGCAUGGUUUAUAAUAGAAGCUUUGUAUGCAGGGACAUAAAAUGAAAAUUUUGCUUAAUAAGAAAUUUAAGAGCCACUAUAUUGUUUCAA